UAGGGUGGUCAAGAUAUCAAUAGUUUUACGAGCAAAGCUUCUUAGUCUCAAAACUCAGGCAAUCAUGUCUUCAAAACUUUUUGUUUUAAUGUUGGUGGUUUCUCUUGGAAUGGCAAUAGCUGAUGAGUUUGUCAACGAAGAUGAAACUAAAAAUGAAGAGGAACAAAGAAUGGUGAUGGAAGACAUGAAUACACAAACCUCGACUGAACUCGUUCAAAACGACGACCCUGAUUCAAUAAAAAAUAAAGGACUGUGUCACUGGGGCGUUGCCGUUUGGUACAAGCCUGGAUUUGCCAUUCGAUGUAGCUGCAUGAAAUGCGUUUGCCGAGUUGGUGGAACGUGGGCGUGUGCUUACGAGUUUGCCUAUUGUCCUUACUAUUAUUGUGGAAACCAAAUCUACAACCCUUUGAGUCAACUCUGUUGCUGUGGUAAAGUUUACGAUAAAAAGCCCAAUUACUCCUGCUGUGGUUACUUCUAUUACAGUAGACUCACAUCGCAAUGUUGCAACUACUAUUCUGUCAAGCCCAAGAAAGCUGUCUGCCCACGCUCCAAGAUCUAACCUGUCGACGACCUGCAGGAACAAUCGAAAUACAAAUCGCAGCUAUAUCUUCUCAGAAAUUAGUAUUUUAAUAGUUGUUCCUAGCCAUCGAGUAAUACAACGCAGAUCUUAUAAAUUGUACUUUAUGCAUAACAUUGUUUUAUGAAUAUUUUCCUUAAUAAACUAACUCUACAGUGUA